GGAUGUCCGAUUCCAAACUGCGCUACCUGUGUCGGAAAUAACACUUGCACCGACUGUAAAGAAGGUUUUUUCGGUCCAUUAUGUAGUCACAAAUGUCCUGCCAAAUGCCUUAAAUGUUCCUCUGCGGAUAAAUGUGUCUCCUGCAAAUAUGGUUGGUCAGGGAUCAUUUGUCAGACAAAAUGUAGUCAGAAUUGCGUGCGAUAUAACCGUUCCAUUUCUGGCCAAUUUCAACAUAUACAUUUGGCUAUGGGAGAAGACGUUUGGUGCUUGGAAGACGGUACAUGCAAAGACGGAUGUAUUGUUGGGAAAUACGGAGCAAAGUGCAAUAAAGACUGUCCUAACAAAGACCGUUGCCUGGCUUGUUCCCAAUUGACUGGCCACUGCAUAAAAUGUACAAAUGGUACGUACGGCAAAACAAGCCAUUGUGACAAAAGCUGCGGUCAUUGCAAGACAGGAAGCAAAAGCGAGAUCGAAUGUAGUAUUCUCACUGGCAACUGUACACAUGGGUGCAUUAGUGGGUAUUAUUCUCCAAAAUGUGACAAAAAAUGUGGACAUUGCAUGCCCAAUCCUGAUAAAUGUAAUUUGUUAACUGGAUUUUGUGAAAAUGGUUGUGUUGACGGUUAUUUUGGUCAACGUUGUGAUGACACAUGUGGACAUUGUCAACCAAACCCUGACGGUACUUUGAAAUGCGACAGAGACACUGGGGAAUGUCAAAGUUGUGUAAGCGGUUAUUAUGGCCAGGGCUGCAAUCAAAAAUGUAAAAGAACCUGUUCCGAUUCUAUUACCAAUCAAGUAAGGUGCGAUAAGUCAUCUGGAAAUUGUACGUUUGGCUGUACUCCCGGUUUCUAUGGCAAUAACUGUGAGAAAAUAUGCAGUAACACAUGCAAAGAUAAUUUAUGUACCACAAAAGAUGGGCAUUGCCAGAAAGGUUGUAUUUCUGAUUGGUAUGGUGAAUUCUGUAAUGAACGGUGUAACAUUAAUUGUAUAAAUAGUUCUUGUACACAAAAAGUCGGAUACUGCAAAACAGGCUGCAAAUCUGGUUGGUAUGGUGACACUUGUAAUAAAACAUGUAGCAUCAACUGUAGAAAUAGUUCUUGUGCACAAACACUGGGACAUUGUGACAAUGGCUGUAUCCUUGGAAAGCAUGGUAAUACGUGUAAUAACGUUUGCAGUUUAACUUGUUCCAAUACGUCAUGUGAUCAAUACUCGGGAAAUUGUGACAAAGGAUGCCGUCAUGAAUGGUUCGGAAUUAAAUGUGAAAAUAAAUGCAGCAGCUCAUGUUUAAACACUUCUUGUGACCAGUAUUCCGGAUUGUGUAACGAGGGAUGCAUUCCUAAAUAUUAUGGUGACAUUUGCGAACUCAGUUGUCCUGAACAUUGCAAAGAAGAUGUCUGUGACCGUCAGAUAGCUAGUUGUUUACUGGGGUGCAAACAAGGAUACAGAGGCGUCUUUUGUGAUGAAACUUUAGAACAGAAUUGUUCCAAUCAGUUUGUUAUUGGGUUCACUGGUGGUCUAAUAGGAUUUGCGAUAACAUUUGUAUUGUUCCUUGUGCGAUGGCUAGCUAAAAGUCUAGUUCUGAAAAGGCGUCGUUAUGCAGAGCUCGAUAUGUCUACAAGAGAAAAUGUAUUACCUAUCUAUGAAGAAAUCCCUGAAAAUAUUGAAAGAUCAGAACAACGAGAAACUGCUGCCAGCCAUUUCUACGCGGAAGUUGCUCCUCUUCAACGUAUAACACAGGUAUCCGAUACUAGUACACAGUGCAACUACGAGGUCCCGGUAAAACAAAUAAAUGAAACAUCCAUGGAGGGAGCACUUACCCACUCAAAGGCCCUUGGAAUAGAUUUGACGAUGCGUGACAAUAUGAUCAUGACUGUCGAAAAUUCAAUUCUCAUGUCAAAUAAUUCUGAUGAAGAUAAAAACCAAUCAAUUUUGAAUACGUCCGGAAAAUAUUAUGAAAUCUCUGACAUUUCAAACAAUCAAUUACACGGGCUCAAUGUCACUGAUAAGCCGGCUCAUCACAUUUGUGAUUACCCCUCUUUUGUUACAGAAACUUUUUGUGGAAUAGGCCUUGGAAUCAAAGCAAUAAGUUUUGAUCAGUUGGAAUAUGGUUUCAACAAGUCGAGUCAAGAUUCAGACAUCUGUAAGGACAGAAAGCGUCCGCAUUCUGACUCAGAAAGAAUAUUAUCUGGCGAAAGACGCAAGUUUACAACACUGACAAUAGGGAAAAUAAUUAAAGAUAAGAAGUACAAUGACAUAUCACCUCCUAAGAAGCCCAAAGACACAAACGAAUUGAAUGGAAAUUAUGUGAAUAUGAAUUUAGAUAAUGAUAUAAAAUCUGUAUUAGAUCAGAAUAUUUCUCUUGGUCAACUUUUGACUGAAAAAGUCAAUCACCAAAGGCCAAAUACAAGAUCAACAAUGACGAAAACUGAUGAACAGAAAUCAUUCACAAGCCCAUGCAACUCUUAUGUCGACAUGGGAUCGUUCCCAAUUAAAUGCACCAAAGAAAUUAAGAACGAUAAUGACAAUGAAAGUGUUAAUUAUUUACACCCGACCAUCUAGAUAAAAUAAUCAAGAGAUGCAAAGAAAUUUAGUGUUAAGAAACUUAUAUGCAGUGAUAGAAUUUUGUAAACAUUCAAACCUUAUUAAGUCGAGGGUUGUAACUUAUCGUAAGCCAU